AUGUCGGUGGUGGUGGUAGUUGGGAAAUUCUAUGUCAACACACGGAAUUUUCGGCCAACCACCGGCUAUGAACUGCUGAAAUUUGGUUGGAAUUAUGUUGAGUUCUUGCUUACAAUGGCUGAGAAAAGGAAACGUUCCCCCUCACCCUCAACGGGUCGUUGUUCGCCUACGCGACGCAAAUCUUGCGAAUCUACCACACACUCCGACAGUGAAAGAAGUCGCUCGCCGGCGGCAUCUCCACACAAGGAUUCGGAUAUAUCGGUGUGUUCACCGGCCACACCCAGAGAACGCCAGCCUCGAUCACGAUCUCGAUCCCCCUCGCCACCACCACGCACAUCAACACCUACCCCAGCGAUGGCACGUAGCGAGAAGAAACGUGACGAUCGGGAACCUGCAAAAACCACGAGUACCACAACCGUACCCACAAACAGCGCCACAUUGGGUCAACAGGAUCAUUUGCGGAUACCAACAGGAGCGACCGGUUUCAGUGGAUUUCCCUCAUUGCACAGUAUGAGCAGUUUGAUGGUACCCUCAGCGGCAGCUGCUGCAGUGGCGGCGGCUCCAUUUCUACCCUGGUCGCCAAUGUUGUUGCCACCAUGGGGUCAUGCCCUGCUGCCAGCGGCUUUUUAUCCGGCGGCUUUGCGUAAUGCUCUACCUGGCCUCUUUGAUGCCAAGGUACCCUCAUCGCAAAGAUCUUCCGGUUUUCAUAUAUCGGAUAUAUUGAAUUUGGAACAAUCUGCUGAGUUGAAAAAUGGUCUAGUCCAUCCACAUCAUGCUGCCGCUGCUGCUCAUGCCACGGAUAUUUCUGCCCCGCCCUCUACCGAUGCCAAUAGCAAUCAUUUGACAUCGAUCAGUACAACUCUGCCACCGACAACGUCAAAUGAAUCACUUGGCGAUCAUCAUAAUGCUCACAUUGCCUCGGCUCAAACGCACAAUCCAUUGGUGCAACAUCAGCAACAACAACAUGGUACAGAUGCUGCAACAUCAGCCGCAGCAGCAGCGGCAGUUAGUCAAGCCCAGGCGGCCGCUCAUCUAUUGGCUAGUCAUCAUAAUGCUGCUGCCGCUGUGGCCGCAGCUGGUCAAUAUUUACCCAAAGGUUUUCCGAAUGGUUUCAACGAUGAAAUGUCAUCGUAUCAUCAUAUGGCCCACACGAUGUUGACGCAUACGGGCAGGGCCGCUUGGAUGAAGGAGAAUGAAUUAUAUGGUGUUCAACAACCCGCCAGUCCGGACAGUACAUCACCCGUUAAUUCCGAAGUCUCCUAUACCUAUAUUGGUUCAAAUUGUCAAACAUCACCCGCGUUGUCGGGUGAUUAUAAAACCUACAGUCGUUCAGCGGAUAGUGAUGCCUUAUCUGUGGGUGGUGGUGACAGCUCCAAUCUGCAUCAUCUACAUCAUGCAGCCAAUGGUGGUCAUGCAAUGAAAAACUCCAAUGACAACAGUGCCGGUGGUAAUUCAUCCAACCCACACGAUGACAGCCUCAUUGAAGAUGGCAUUGAAGAGGAAAUUGACGAUGAAAAUGAUCAAGAUGGUAGCAAUACCGGUUCGGGGGGUGAUGGUAUGCCUGGCAAAAAGCGUAAACGUCGUGUCCUUUUCACCAAGGCUCAAACUUUCGAACUGGAAAGACGUUUCCGCCAACAGCGUUACCUAUCCGCACCCGAACGUGAACAUUUGGCCAGCCUCAUUCGUCUGACACCGACACAGGUGAAAAUUUGGUUCCAAAAUCACCGCUACAAGACCAAACGGGCCCAAAGUGAAAAGGGAGUCUACGAUCAACAUCCCGCCCUACAUGGCCAUCCCCAUCAUCCCUCAGCUUUGCCUUCGCCACGUCGUGUUGCCGUACCCGUUUUGGUGCGUAACGGCAAGCCAUGCCUAAGUGACGGAACUAAAUUGCCACAGGAUUGUGUUACGGCCCAAAUGCAAAAUGCCGCCGCAGCUCAUCAUCUAGUCUUGGCCAAUGGUGCUGCCUAUCAGCAUGCAGCAGCGGCAGCCGCAGCUGGUAUGCAUGCUGCCCAUGCCCAUCAAAGGGCCUGGUGGCAUUAG